AGUAAGCCCCUUGUUUCUCCGUUGAAACGAGUCGGGCAGACUUCUCGGCAUGGCAGUUCCUUCUUGGAAACAAGCAAUUUUAGAUAAGCGCAGAAAACAGGAAGCUGAAGAAGAGCGCCGCAAGAAGGACGAGGAAGCGAAGUUGUCGGCGAUACCAGCAUGGAAACGCUCUAUUAUGCAACGGAAGGAUGAGAGCAAGGCGCGAUCAUCUGCCACAAAGGCGUUGUUCGGCCCGAAGCCAUCCUCAAUAAAGCCACAAGAGAAAACACCUUCAGACAGCAAAGCAAUUGCAAAAUCUUCCACAGAAACAACGAUUGCUAAAUCAACAGAAGAAAAACGAAAAGUGGAAACAACCAGCCAAUGUAAAUGGUCCGAUAAGGGUAAGACGCCAAACGGAUCAGCCGUCGUGGAGAAGAACUUCAAACCUCAUGCGGCCACGCCUUCCCGUGAGAAAAUGGCUUUGAGAAGGACUGCUAGCAGUGAUGCGGCAGCAUCAAACAGCCCGUCUCCACACAAAACGAGGCGAUGGCCCGUCGUGGCGCCUCCAACGACGCUAGUGCGCUGUUCUUCGUCUCCUAGAAACACAAAGCGUGAAGUUGCUCAGGAGAUGGGCGUGCCCGAGGCGAAUGACCCAUCCGAGGAUUCGCCGACUCUGAAUCAGAGAAAAGAAACCUUCCAUGACCAAGUUGUCAAGACGUCGCCGACGGUCGCUAAGCAGCAAAAGAUGAAUCCGACAUCACCGCUUUUAGAGGAAAAGCCGUUCCCUGCAGCAAACACUCAGACUUCCAAGGAGAGUGUGAAGCGUGGCAGCGUGAAGAGUUUGAUGGGACUCUUUCAGGGUGAUAGGAAGACAGGCAAUAAAACAACAGUCAACUCGACUGCACGCAAGAUGGCAAUACAGCGUGGUGAACAUUCGAGUGAAGAGAGCAAAUUGAUUUCCAAGAUUUCGAUGGCAAGUGUUUCACAAGUACUUGAAAAUACCGCAGCUGCUUCCUCACCAGCACAGAAGGCUAAAGCUCAUUUGGCAGUUUCUGUUGAGAGCAAGUUGCCUGUGAGCACAUCUUCGGUUGUCAGCAAGACAGAACACUCUGUUACAUCGAAUGUUAUACCAACUAUGGAGUUCAAGGCAUCACAAGAAUUCGAACUUGCACUACGACAAUCAGUAUCUGAUCAAAAGGAAGUUGUAUUAGAAGAGAGACCGACAGAGAAACCUUCGAUGUCUUUCAUGAUGUAUCACACAAAAGUGGCUACUCGAUCUGAAGCUGUCACUACUACCACUACCACUGCAAUUCAGCAUCAGAAUCGAAACGAUCAAUUUGAAAAUAAGUAUGCGUCUUCUAAGGAUGAUGUGUUAUUGUCAGCUGUUUCUUCAGUCGAUCGAUCAUCAAAUGACACCAAAACACAAUGGGAAACCGAAGAAGAUGAACUGACUGUUACAUCGAUUGACGAUGUAAUCAAUAUAUCAGAUGAAGAAGAGCAACAUCAAAAGAUGAAAGAGACCAAAUCCGAGAACACCAGUCGUUUAGCCUCGACAUCUAUGACAACUGAACCUGCACAAUCAACAGCAACAAACCUAACGUCAGACAUUUCGACUCUUUUCGAAGACAACGUGGUGCACGAGAGACGAUCAUCUGCAACUCUGACACCACAGAAACAAGCUGAUGUGUCGGGGGUAAUCGGAGACGCACAAGCCAGUAGCGCAUUAAACAGUGCCACAAGCAGUGCACAAAACAGCGACUCUGAAUCAACAACAAGUGAACCAAGAAGAAAGUCAUCGUUAGUCGAUCGAAGCAAGCCAAGGAGGCAACGUCGAAGAGUCUCCUUUAAUGAAGUUCAAUUAGAAGUUGAACAUUACUACCCAAAGCCAAUCUAUGAAGAAGAAAUCGAGGCCAUUUCAAGCCCAGCUCGGUUGAUGGUGACAGACAUCGAUGAGACCGACGACAGCACUGUUAUAGCUGUGAAAGAAGAACGACAUCGAGAACAAAAGACAGGGCUAGCUCUCCCUCCACAUCCAAUUCUCCAGCCACAGCAGGCUAGUCCGUCUACUGGAUCACCGAGCAGCUAUCAGUUUGGUGCCUCUUUUCAUUCGUACCAACCACAGUUGAGCAGUUAUAGUCAUCUUCAAGGAACGCUAGAGAAGAAGAAGAAGAAGUCUAAAGACAAAAAGAACAAGAAGGAAGAACCAAAGGCACCACCCGAAUCGCCCAUUGAUUAUUCAAAGCUGAAUGAAGAAACUGCUGCCAUGCUUUGGUAAAGGCAAGUGCAUCAAGUGCAACAGUGUCCACGUGUGCUGCUGGAUUGUGAUGUGGUGUCAGAUGAAUGUGAACCUGUAUAGUGGACCUAAACACGUUUCACAUACAUGUCCACAGUCUAUACUUCUACUUAUUUUCAGAUACAACGUACGUUGUGCAUAUUCUAUUUUUGUAAUAGCUACUGAAGUUUUAAACGAACUAAUAAGUACUGGGUAUGUCAAAUAGACACACAAGCCCACAAAAUAUUUAGAAUGCAUUUUAACACAUCCGGGACCUAUACGGGUCUUCGUAGCGCACUAGAGAUGUACAUCUACU